UCACCCGAGAACCUUUUACGGCUGUGCAGUGUGUUAUGCAGCGCAUGCAGGCAUGGCGUUUCUCCACGCAUUCCUACAGCUCGUCCUCUGGUUAUCUGCAGUUGCAGCAAUCCAGUUUCCGUUAUUCAGGCUGUACGUGGAGGAAAGCCGAGGUUCCAAAAUUUCCACCUGGCCGCUCAUCUCUGUGCCUUCUGUCAUGAAUAACACAAUGACAACGAGGACACCAAAUACCAGCUUCGGAGAUCCUUGCGCUACUGACGAAGACUGCACAUCUGCAACGGGUUUUGUUUGCAUCUUCGGAAACCUCACAGCAACAUCGCGCUGUGGAUGUAACCAACGCAUGCCUGUCUUCAUCAGGGACGCAGAAGGAUUGAAAUGUGUAAAACCAAGAGCACUAUUUGAACCCUGUACAAGUAACCUGGAAUGCAAGUACAACAGCCCAAAUGCACAAUGCAAUGAUUCCGUCUGCGUCUGCAAGCUCCCUUUUGUCACGAACCUGAAACAAGAAUGCGUUCUCCCGACAGAGAAGUCUGUAGCAGAUAUGCUUCACGGAGUGCCGGUCAGCUUCCUUCUGCUGUUUCUAAUAUCGCUGUUCGGGGCGGCCUACACUUGCCAAAAGUUGUGUUCCACACUCAACGCCAGGAAAGAGUCCAGAAAAUCAGGCACAUCUAGGAACGAAGAAUCGCACAGCACGACUGUCUCCAGGCCCGGAACACUAUGCCAGCUUUACAAAAGCUCUCCUCGAUUUAACGCCAGUCAAUCUGUUUCAAGUCAUUCGAGCCGCGAUGACAUGAAGUUUGGUAAUUUAGACAUGCCGCGUGAAAGAGUACUGCUAUCCGACAACCGGGACACGCGUGCCGAAACAAUUCUCGUACCUGCGACACCUUCUGUCGCACUCGAUAGAUAUACCGGGAACUGGCUUUCUCAUGAUGCUAGCGGUGGCAUAUCGUCCGAAGCGACCACAGCGACGUCAUCUAAUCAGCAAAAGUCGUCUCAAGUACACAAAUUAUUAACCAGCAGGCGCAGGCGAGAAACCACUGUUUCUUCAAGUCAUCCGAGUUACCAACUACAACGUAAUGAAACGUUAUACGACUCUGCUAUAGACGUCGGCACUGUUAACGAUCGCAGUUGCUUCAAGCAGCUGGAGUGUCAGAACGACUUCGAGAGGCUGUUCCAACAGAAAAAUAGGAAUCCCACACAGGACAUUGGAUACUCUGCGCAUCCUGAACAAAAGCGACAAAAAAUAGAGCAUGGUGGAGAUAGUGGAAAUGAACCCUCCGUCAUUAGCCUUCAACAACUGGAACCGACCAGUGAUACAGAACUACCUGCUACCUUAAGGGACAAGUGUACUGUGCUCUCAUUGGAGGGUACUUCACCAGAGAGGGAGAUCUCAGAAGAAACCGGGACACCCUGUAGCCGAGACCAUUUCCAUCUGCCUGUCAAUCAACAUCCCCGAGGAAGUUAUUCAUCACGUACCGAACAAACCGCACCUACACACCUGGUAAAAAUGGAACACGCCGAUCAGGAAGAUACAACCAAGACGAACGACUUCUCUGUGUUACUUCCAGAAUGUCGAAAACCGGGAACAGAUAUCCUUGAAAGGAAGUCAGACAUGCUUAGCACUCCACUGCCAGAGUCGAAUGAGCUUGGGAGUAAGAAGGUAAAUGAAAAGAUUUCUUCGAGGAACCACGAAGCAAAUCGUCCUGGAGAGUGUUGUACGCAAAACACGCACCAUAUCGAUGGGCGCACGAUCACACUACAGAGGAAAGCGUCUAGGGAUGAAGAACAGCAAGAACGCAACCCCUAUAAAACAGACAAAGCGUUGGGGAGUGAGAGUACGACACAAGAAAGUCACGAUAGGAGAGAGGACGUGGAAAACUGCGAAAAUGCUACUUCAGACACACAAGCCCUUACCUUCGAAACUGCGGAAACUCACCAUGAUACUGAAUAUUUCUCCACCAAUUAUUAUAGCGCAGCGUCGCGAGUGAGAGGUGUAGAUGUGACAGAGCAAAUCAGUGGUGCGGACAGCACAUCUAUUAUGAAGGACGAGAGACAUUCAAAAUUUUCACAAGAGUUGAAGUCCCAAGACGUCAAGAGCAAUGACUCCACGUUGAGCGGUUCCUUAGAAUCCAACCAAUAUUUCAAAACAGCAGCCGAUGCUUUGAAAACGACGAACAUCGAAGAAACGCUCUGCUGCGAUUCGCCGGGAAAACCUCAUGCGAAAGUGACCGAAGUAGAUGAGUCAAGUGCCUCCGUUGCUGGUUAUGCUCCAGAUGAGAAAGCAAACUUUCAACAUAGGACGCACGGCUGUUCAAAUAACGUCCAAGAACGCUCCUUCAGAACGCCCUCGUCUUACAGCAAAUUCGAAAACCAAAUACACGAUGCUAGGCCAGACAGUAAAGACCUGCCACAGAUGGACGUGCGGUCACAGAAGAUAACAGAGGAACACAAUCUUAGCGCGGACCGUGCCAGGGAAUGUCAACCAUGCGAGGCGCAGAGCGCUGCAGUGAGCAGUAACGCAGAAGUACAACGGGAUAUCUCAAUGGAACUGUUGACGAACAUGUUCAGGAACUACAUCUUCGAAACAGAAGCACUUGCGACAACAUCGCUAACCGGAUCAAUCACGCUCAUGUCAUCGGACAGCGCUUCAAACGCAACCUCAGCACGUGAAAGUGUCUCACACCAAUGUCCGGUGAAAAGAGCAUCGUCGCACGUCAAGGAACAGGAGCACGGAGAGCAUUCACCGGCGGCACUGUUAAUGGACAAACCUUCCAGUAAGGUGGUUACAUUAAAGCAACCACAAAAAUAAUGUAUGACAUAGUGGGGAUAUCAUGAAUACACGACGAUAAGUACAUUUUGUCUUUCACCUGCUCUUUGGACUGAUAGGACUGACGAAGUCGACAAAACGACUACAGCGAAAUACAUAAGCUGACACUUUUAUACCUUGCCUGUUUGUAACCCUGUCUCUGAAUUUUUGUUGGCUUCUGAGUGAAUGAAAAAUGAAGUUUUCGUUUUGUA